AUGCUGUCCGGCGUGCUCAUCUUCAACCAGAAGGGCGAAAACCUCAUUUAUCGCGCCUUUCGCAAUGACUGCCGGCCCCGUCUGGCAGACGUAUUCCGCAUCCAGGUCAUUUCCAACGCGCAGCAUGAGAAUAUAUACCUGGUUGCGGUGACGAGGAGCAAUGCGAAUGCGGCGCUGGUGUUUGAGUUUCUGUAUCGGUUAGUGUUGUUGGGCAGGGGAUAUUUUGGGAAGUUCGAUGAGGAGGCCGUGAAGAAUAAUUUUGUGCUUGUUUAUGAGCUGUUAGACGAAAUACUUGACUUUGGAUACCCUCAGAACACCGAAACGGAUACUCUUAAAAUGUACAUCACGACGGAAGGCGUCAAAUCAUCCAUUGCAAACUCGCCCUCAGAUUCUAGUAAAAUUACAAUGCAAGCUACGGGUGCCCUCUCGUGGCGGCGAUCAGACAUCAAAUACAGGAAGAACGAGGCAUUUGUCGAUGUUAUUGAGGAUGUCAACUUGCUCAUGUCGGCUACCGGAACAGUCCUACGUGCCGACGUGAAUGGCCAGAUAGUUAUGCGAGCGUAUCUCUCGGGUAUGCCUGAGUGUAAAUUUGGCUUGAAUGACAGGCUGCUCUUGGAUAACAAUGACGCCGCCGGACGAUCGGAUGGAAGAACGAGAGCCACACGGGCAGCAGCAGGCAGUGUUACUCUGGAGGACUGUCAGUUCCACCAGUGCGUGAAGCUUGGGCGUUUCGACGCUGAUCGCAUUAUUUCCUUCGUUCCCCCUGACGGAGAAUUUGAACUUAUGCACUACCGGGCAACUGAAAACGUCAAUCUGCCAUUCAAGAUCCAUCCGAUCGUGCGUGAGAUUGGCACUACAAAGGUCGAAUACAGCAUUGCCAUAAAGGCCAACUAUGGCUCGAAGCUAUUCGCGACUAACGUCAUCGUUCGCAUUCCCACUCCUCUGAACACGGCCCAAGAUCACGGAACGGACCAGUCAGGGACGCGCGAACAGAAGGCGUGGAGUCGGCCGCCGCUCAGUCUUGAGUUUAGUCUGCUUAUGUUCACGAGCAGCGGGCUGCUGGUGAGGUACCUUAAAGUUUUCGAAAAAAAUAAUUAUAGUAGUGUUAAAUGGGUUAGGUACAUGACCAGGGCAGGGAGUUAUGAGAUCAGGAGCGUAUUGCCAUAUCUUCUUUCUUGUGACUGCCUUCUCUUCUACUUUCCUAAUGCCAUGGUUCUGGCUGCCGCUAAGGAUUUUAAUCAGGCCAUCAGCGAGGUUCGACUCUCUAUCAACGACUUGAGCGACGUUAGCGAUGUAAGCGCUGUGCAUAGGCGUGUUAUCGGGGCGUUUUAUAAUGUCCUUCGAAGGCCUCGAAGAGCUUUUACAUAUGGUAUUCUCGUCCACGAGAAAAUCGCCCACAACCAUAGCUGGUGGGAUCCCCAAUCACAAGUUUAUUGA